AUGCCCCGAACGGCCCUGCCUCCAACGCCGGCCUCUUCUACAGAUAUCGCAGGACAGGAUGGUACCAAGCAGCUAUCACAGCUGCAGAUGGCCUUCGAGUUGCCCCCACCAGCCAUCAAGGCGCGCCCCGCGAGCUCCCACACGGACAGAAUGGACACUCCCACCUCCCCAGAGUCCCCAGUUUCACCCAAGGCCCCGUUUAGGAUACAACCUAGUGAGGCUGUCAAGUCAAGGCGGCGGCCGUCCACCGCCGCCGUCGCCGCGAACAAGGACGGCAAUUUCGCCCUGCCGCCGCCUCCUACGAGAUCCCGUAAGAUCAUCCAGAUGAAGCCCCCACGGCCCCAAGAGGAGAAGAAACCCGCGGAUCCAGCGACAGCCGGCAAGAGCUCGGCCAGCACAGCCAGUGCUAAGAAGACCGCUGCUGUAACGGCCGCGAAUGAAGUCGGGCAAACAAAGAAGAAACAGCCUUCUGCCACCAGCGCUGCGGGCCGGAAGAUCGCGAGAAAGACGGCACACAGCCUCAUCGAGCGGCGACGGAGAUCCAAGAUGAACGAGGAAUUCGCCGUCUUGAAGGACAUGAUACCAGCUUGUACGGGCGAGAUGCACAAGCUGGCCAUCUUGCAGGCCUCCAUCGAAUACGUCAGAUACCUGCAGGACUGCGUCGAGAAACUCAAGGCACAGCGAGAGCUACCAGGUCAGACCACGCCCGACAUGGAAGGGAUAUCGACCCCAUCGGGCCGAGACCGUUACGACCCGGACCACGAGUACCGCCGGGCCUCCUCCGAGGAACAGCACUCCCCAGACGUCGAGAUGACCGGCUCAGACGACGCGCCCUCGCCGACGUUCACCAACCGCCCAUCAUCAGCCACAACCUCAGCGUCCCACCAGCCCUCCGUCUCCCCGGCGCUGCGGGCCCAGGACCCCUCGACGAGCCGCCACGACUCGUACGCGCCCCUCUCGACGGCCGCGGCGGAGCACCACCGGCAUUACAGCUACAGCAGCGCUACGACGUCGCCCGCGUUCGGGCCGAUGGCGGGUGGUUACGGCGCGGCUGGCUACGCGCCGAGCAACCACUCGGCUGCCGGGUCGGCGCUCACGAGCCCGGCGCUGGGUCCGUUGCGGGAGCGGGAUCUGGACCAGGAGGCCAUGGCUGCGCUACUGAUGCUAAACAGUGAUCGGAGGGGCACGGUAUCGAGUGCGAGCGGUGGAUCCAGCACCGCCGGUGCGGCCGCCGGCGGUAGCAGUACUAGCGGUUCAGGGAGGGGCAUGAGUGUAAGAGAUCUGCUGAGUGCAUGA